UGUAGUCUCAGUUGACGACUAAAAGAGCUGCAGCACACUUGAGACAGCAAAAGGAAAUCUUUGGACGAAUGAUGCACCUUGUGCGGUGAUUUCAUUCGUUUUUAGGACUUUACAACCAUGGAGGAAUCCAUCUCAAGCACUGAAUCAGCAAUUUCUGACUCCCUCUCGACAUAUGAGCUGCUAAUUCUGCACACUGCAGAGGCACAGGAAUGGGCGUCGUAUUUGCAGCAGAUCCUGCGAACUUCUCGGAAAUUCCACAAAAGGUCUAUUCUGCUGUAUGCGGUUGGACCGGCCGAUCAGCUCCACGGAUACAACUUUGAAUCUUUCCAAAGCUGCAAGUGCAUUGUGCUGCUCCUCACAGGAGAAUUCCUGGACAUCCUCUGUGACCACGAACUGCAGGAAGCAUUUGAGAGGCUGCUUUACCCUCCGCACAGAGUGGUGGCGCUGUUAUGUGGCAUAUCAGAGGAUGACGUACACGAGGAACAACUUAGAGACUGGGCGAGCUGGAGAAAGCUCUAUGCUGACGACGAGCCUUCUGUUUACCUUUCCACCAUUUUGGAAUCAGUUACUGACAGUAGACGAGCUUUGGCUGAACACAAGAGCCAAGCUGUUGCAGCUGCAGCAGAGUUGGACCUUACGGCAGAGUUGGACCUGACAGCAGAGUCAGACCUGACAGCAGAGUCGGACCUGACAGCAGGGUCGGACCUGACAGCAGAGUCGGACCUGACAGCAGAGUCGGACCUGACCGCAGCUGCUUCACCUGAAAAUUUUACCCCUGAUGAAAUGGAGGAAGUGGUGUCAGAAGAGCAGAAAGAAGCAGUCCUGAAGGAUGAAGAGCCUGCAAACACAGGGAGUUUAACAAGCGAGGAAAUGAGUUCACCCACGCACCUCACCUGUCUCACCGUUCAGCCAAACAGAGUUCUGUGUGGGGAACAGGAGACGCUUUUCAUCAUUCUCACACACAAAAUAGAUGAUCAGUCGCUACCUGAGGUGGAGUUUUCAUCUGAAAAUGUAGCUACAAAAAGAGUGCAAGGCACCAUGUUGAACGAAUACACGAUAAGUGUUCCUGCACCGGAAAUGCCUGCUGGAAAUGCAUCACUCACUUUAUACACUGACCAAUCAUGUAUCAGCUUGAGGCCUGUUACAUAUUACACCAAUAUGGAAGAAGUCAGUCGGUAUCUUGAAAAUGCCACUGAUCCUGUCAAUUUCCUCUGUCAGGCCUUCAACUUGACAUCCAACACAACAGAAUCGUUGGACAACAUACUAACUGACUCAUUAAAAUCCAGGAUGCCUGCAGCUGGUCUUCAGCUGUUUGGAACCAAACAGAUUGAAGAAGCCAAUAUGUCGGCAUAUCAGCGGAACGAGGAGCUUCCCACUUUGCUCCACUUUGCUGCUAAGUACGGCCUGAAGAAGCUGACCACCAUUCUCCUUCAGUGUCCCGGGGCUCUGCAAGCCUACAGUGUGAUGAACAAGGAUGGAGACUACCCCAACAAGCUGGCAGAGAAGAGUGGCUUCAAUGAUCUCAGACAGUUCAUCGAUGAUUUUGUUGAGACAGCAGACAUGCUAAAAUCUCACAUGGAGGACACCAUCAACACCGACGAUAGUGCAGAGGUGUAUGAGAUGAUGUCGGCUACCUCUCAGGAUAUCAUGAUGAAGUACUCAGGUUGCUCAGAGGAUAUAUACGAGUCGAUGCUGGAGAUUGACCCUGGUUGUGCAGAGGACCUAUAUGAGGUCAUGACUGCUGUAGACGAGAACCCUGAGGAAGCUAUGCUCAGGAAGUUCUUCCAAGCCAAACCACAUGCCACAGAUGUCCCGGAUAACAACAAAGACUUUAAAAGUGAGGAAGAGGAAAAAUAUGACCCCCAAAGCUUUGAUGAAAGGGAAGAGGAAGAGGAGGACCCAUACAACCUCUGUCCUGAAGACAUCUACGAUACUGUAGAUGGAGACAGCACCUACAAACCUGCAAUCCUGAACCGUCCACCAGCCCCCAUCCCCAGACCAGAGUCUGAGUCUGACGCUGAAAAGCCUGUAACAUACAUCUCUAGAGUGUUUUCGGAUAAAGGCAUUUCCGAGAGUAACGCAAUGGAAUCUGGAUAUCCUGCAGCUCGGCCUGUGGUAGAACCCCCCACACCUGCUUAUGACCCCUAUGCUGGGAUGAAGACCCCCGGACAGAGGCAGCUCAUAUCCCUGCAGGAGAGGGUAAAAGUCGGGGAGAUCACUGUCGAUGAAGCGGUCCAAGAGUUCAAGGCUUGGCAGUUUGACCAUGAGCAGAGGGCGAACUCCAUACGCUAUCAGCAGGAAAAUCUGAAGAAAUUACGAAACAGCAUCACCAGACGUCACAAAGAGAGACAGAAGACAGGGAAGGAACUCGAUUAUGAGAUUAGUGCUCCGCUGCAGAGGAACUUAUACUGGGGCUCCAAUGUGACAGUAGAGUGUGCUGUGUAUGAGCCUGCACCCAGAGCAAUGGCCCUGCCCCCGACACCAGCUCAGGGUAUCCAGAGGGGCAGCUGGAAGACAGGCAGCACCUCCAGCACAUCCAGCACGGAGAGCAACCGACUGAGCACUCACAGCACUUUUAGCUACAGCAGCGGGACAGAGCCCGACUUUGAGGAGGCAAUAGAAAAUUUCCCUCCUCCACCGCGACCUCCACGACCAUCCGACGCUGCGCCCCACAUUCCUCCACCCAGGAUUCCUCCACGGAUCCCUGAAAGGGUGCCAGAGGUGGUUCAUGAGCGCUACAUAUCCUGCCCGACUCGGGCGCUUCCUCAGAGACCCUCCUAUCGACAGACAGACUCAGCGCCUCCCGUACCUCGGCGCCUGCGGUGAUGGCCUCAUAUCUGCACUGUCUGUGUUCAAUCUCUAAAGUUUAGGGUUAUUUCUAUGAAAGGUGGAUGGAGGAGAUGACGAUGUGUAUCGCUGUGAACAACUGUCAGAAUUAAACAAGAUGAAUCCGUGAAAAGAGAGUUUUACAGUUUGUUUUUUGCUUUUAUUAUUAUUUGUAUGCAUCACUUUGCCUUAACAGAGUAAUUCUAUUCAUAAUAUUUCUCUGAAUGUGUGUGUGUGUGUGGGUCUGUUUAUUUCUGUAUGAGUGAUUCUGCAAUACUCAGUAUAUGUUUUAUGGCCUGUUUUUACCGUAAGAAACUUUACCAUGAGACUUGUUAAGUAUCUUAAUAAUAAAAGGAAUUUAGGUUUUCAGGACUUAGUUGUUGUUAUUGUGGGGUUUUGUGUUGAGAUACUGAAAAUAGGGUAAUUAUUUGUUGUAUUUUUAAUUUUAAUUGUGUUAUUUCCAUGUGCUGGAAUGUCCUUUAGACUGAGCAGUGACUUUAGAAAAAUAUAUUAGAUAUUCCUGUUUGUGUUUCUACUUAAUUGUGAGUUUUUGUAACAAUAUUCUAUGUACUUAUUUUACCUCAGUUCCUGUCACAAUUAUAUGCCUUAAAUGAUUAUCUCAGUCAUGUGUGUCUUGACAAAUUAACAUGUUGUUAUACAUCAGUGUUUGUCUGAAUUUCAUAAUGAACAAUGAUAAUAUGUUAAUUUUAUAAACUUGAAACUGUC